AAUUCCAAAAAACGCCAGCAGCAGCAGCUCUGUCUGUGUGAAUGGCAGCAAGGGCAGGAGGAGCGGAGAGCACAGGAGCGUACUCGCUGCUGCCUUCCUUUCUCGAGGAAACACCGCACUGAUGAAGGGAAGGGACCUCAGCUAAGAACUACCACACAUUCCUUCAUUUGACACGUUCAACAGCAUCUCUCUCGUUCCUUCUGCUGGGACUUCACCCUCACGGUGGGUCAUUCAAUCGGGGGGACUUGCCUGUCUUUCCUCCGGAAAGCUGAAUGGAAGCCGAGGGAGCUGUCGGGCUGUCGGAGGCCAGGGAAGGUAGCCCGCUGUCCGGGGCCGCAGCAUCCGAUGAUGCGGAGACGGUUGUGGGGGUUGGCUACGGGAUGGACGCAGCGGACAUGGAUGCACCUGCUAAGAAAGCCUUUAUCUCAGAGUUGCCCUCGUCUUCAAGCCAGAUUGGUCAGGGGAAGAAGAUCGGACACAGAGGAGUGGACGCAUCAGGAGAAACUACUUACAAAAAGACCACAUCAUCAGCCUUGAAAGGUGCCAUCCAGCUGGGAAUUGGCUACACAGUGGGCAACCUGAGCUCCAAGCCUGAGAGGGAUGUACUGAUGCAGGACUUCUAUGUGGUGGAAAGCAUAUUUUUCCCCAGUGAGGGGAGCAACCUCACUCCAGCCCAUCAUUUCCCAGACUUCCGCUUUAAAACAUACGCUCCUGUGGCCUUCCGCUACUUCAGAGAACUGUUCGGCAUCAGGCCGGACGACUACCUGUACUCCCUCUGUAACGAGCCUCUGAUCGAGCUGUCCAACCCUGGAGCGAGCGGUUCCGUCUUCUACCUUACAAAAGAUGAUGAGUUCAUCAUCAAGACUGUGAUGCACAAGGAGGCUGAGUUCUUACAGAAACUUCUGCCCGGAUACUACAUGAACCUGAAUCAGAACCCUCGCACGUUGCUACCAAAGUUUUUCGGCCUCUACUGUGUCCAGUCGGGUGGGAAGAACAUCCGGGUGGUUGUGAUGAACAAUGUCCUUCCGCGUGUGGUUCGUAUGCACCUCAAAUAUGACCUGAAGGGUUCCACCUACAAGAGGCGAGCAUCCAAGAAGGAGAGGGAGAAAGCCAGGCCUACUUUCAAAGAUCUGGACUUCAUGCAGGACCUGCAGGAUGGACUGAUGCUGGACCAGGACACCUACAAUGCGAUGGUGAAGACCCUACAGAGGGACUGCCUGGUGCUGGAAAGCUUUAAGAUUAUGGACUACAGCCUGCUGCUCGGGGUGCACAACAUUGACCAGGCAGAGAGGGAGAGGCAGAUGGAGGGCUCGCAGAGUGACAGUGAUGAGAAGAGGCCCGUCGCCCAGCAGAAGGCCCUGUACUCCACCGCCAUGGAGUCCAUCCAGGGGGGCGCCGCCUGCGGAGGAUCGAUCGACACUGACGACACGAUGGGUGGCAUUCCAGCUCUUAACGGAAGAGGAGAACGACUUCUCCUCUACAUCGGAAUCAUUGAUAUCUUACAGUCUUACCGGUUAAUCAAGAAACUAGAGCACACGUGGAAGGCUUUGGUUCACGACGGGGACACCGUGUCCGUCCACCGGCCAGGUUUCUAUGCUGAUCGGUUCUACAAGUUCAUGAGCAGCACGGUUUUCAAGAAGAGCUCCUCUUUGAAGUCCUCUCCAUCGAAGAAGGGUCGAGUCUCUCUGUCGGUGCCUAAAUGUUCUGGUCCUGGUGCAGCCUGGUCUGCCAGCCAGCUUCCUUGUGAGAGAGACGAGAACAUCUACGACCUGAGAGGGGCCCGCAGCUUCCCCACCCUGGAGGAUGAAGGACGACCAGAUCUUCCAUGUACUCCUCCAUCGUUUGAGGAGGCAACAACAGCAUCAAUUGCCACCACUCUGUCUUCUACAACCUCUCUGUCCAUCCCUGAAAGAUCUCCGUCUGACACCGCUGACCACCCGCGCUACAGGAGGCACACCCAGUCUCUCAGCCAUGACGGGAGGACCCAGGAGGAGCUGCGUGUACGUGAGGAGGACCAUCAGACCAUUACGGUGGAAGUGGAGUUGAAGAGACACGACAGUGAGGCAACCAUCUCUGUUCCACAAACCUCCCCUGAAGCCAGUGAGGUUCAGGAAGCAGCGUGUCCAAAGGAAGCAGCACCGUCCGACUCGUUAUCAGCUCCUGAGGCGACCUCUUCCUCCUCGUCUGCUCCAGCUGCUCCCGCCUCACCGGGGCCAGCUGAAGAAGGGCCCUCCAGUCCAAAGGUGGCGAUGAUGGAGGCAGACAGGGCCAGUCAGGUGUCUGGCUCAGGGUGCACCAGCCAGGCUUCAGUGGAUGAUGAGGAUGAUGUGCCAAUCACAGAUGUCUACUUUCCUCCAGAGGACAGGACCUGGGUGUACUCUCCGCUACACUAUGGCUCAGAGUCUAAGGCCCUGCCAGAUGGGGAAUGGGAAAGAGAGACAUAAACGCUGUUUUGUGGCAGACAGGAGUGCACGUCUCGGCAGAGGACACUCAUCAGGCUGAAGUCCGGACCUCAGUGGCAGCAGCUCGAUCUCUUGUGUUUACCGGAGAGGAAAAAGUGACCCGAACACCUGAAACAAACCUAUUAGUGAUAAAAUCACUGGUUUCCAACAGACCCUGGCUACCAUCCUCGUCAGAUAGAACUUACUGUAUCAAUAUAAGGAUUAUGUAUGUAUAUGUGACAUGUGGUGUGUAAAAGGCAGUAUAGUAUUACGUGUUUGAGAUCCAUGAAACACCAUGAUUGUGUUGUAUGUUCUGUUUCACACUAAACAAAACCCUCUGACUGGUUUUCUCACUGAAUCUGCCGAGUCGCUCAUGUCGCUGUGAUGUGAGUGGAGAAGCUGCUUCUGAUGAGUCUUUUAUUUAAAUUCAUAUUCGCUACAUCAUCUGGUACUUAACGUAUUUAAUGGCUGGAGAUCUUUUUCUGUCAAAAAGAAAGUCACGUGUAAAAAACAAAAAGGGUAUUUGUGCUCCUUAAAACCUGCAUUGUUUACAAGUACCAGAGGUUUGGUAUAGCCCCUGCAUUUAGAGCAAGAUUAGUCAUUUGUUGUGAUUAUAGCACGAGUUCUAGACCCACAUCAGGAGGCGCUGUUGGACCUCAUGGGUUUAUUACACUAAUGGCAUUAGAAGCCCAAUCCAGACUCUGCAGUUAAGUAAGAGAUUUAAAUUAUUUUUUUAUUUUUAUUGAUUAUUAUCAUAAUUUUUUUGUUCUUGUGAAGCGCCUCGUGGUUUUUAUCUUGAGAGGCACUUUAUAAAACAUCCUUCUAAGUAUUUCAAAGUAAUUUAUUUUUUUCCUAAAUGAAUGAGAAAGCAAGUGGCUCUAAAGCAGGAAGUGAAUUUCUCUCCUUCAUCAAAGAUGUAGGGCAUUAUGGUGAAGUGGAAGUGACUCAAACUAAACUCCACCACACGUGUUUAACUGUUAACUGGAAGUUGCAGUUUCUUUGAUCACAUUAUAUAAUUAAGUAGACUAGAUUUUUUUGUUCACACCUGUGCUAACACUGCCUUAACCGCUACUGAAUUAGCUUAUAUCCACUACAUUAGACUGAAUGGAUGUUUUUAAUCAGUGGUGCUUGGAGCAUCGUCCCACAUCACAGCUCAACAGAAGCUGGUAUGUUAACUAACCAGCCAGUUAUGUAAAGAAUUCAGUGAGAAAACCUGGCGGUGUCUAGACAAACACUAAUAAAACCAUCACUGAGCCAAUAACAUCCCACUUCUGCCAUUCACUAAUGUCCAGCAGGAAAAUGUGAGGGAAGGAUUUGAAGUUUAGUGUAAAGUUUAAAAAUUGGCAAAAUAGUUAUUAUUAAAAGCACAUUUUGCCACUUAUUUACUUGAGGUAUUUUCAUCAGCUGUGCUACAAAGACGGGGCUUUUUCUAAAAUGUGUGAUUUUUAAAUCUGAGAAGCUUUUUUGUUGCAACAUGUACCCAAAGAAUUUCUUAUGUUUUGUUCUGAUCAUAUCAGCCUUUUAGGAAUGUCCCAGGGUCCUUAAACGUCACACAUUUGUAAUAGACAUGCAGUGUUAUGAUGACGCGUUUUACUACACGAUGUGCAGAAACAGCUGACUCCUGUCAUCUCAACACUGAAUGUGCAAACGUUGUUAUUACAGGACUGUUUACUCCACUGCAAUGUCUUCCAGUGUUGCCCUGGUGUUUGGACAGAUUCAAAUUUUAAAUGAGAAAAUAAUUGAGGACAUUUUGUGUAUUUAAAUAUCAGGUCCUCAUUCAUGGAGCAGACGGCCCAAACGUUUGUAGUUGUAGACCAUCGCUUGUACUUAUCCGUCCAUAUUGUGGCUGUAAAUUAGAAUCCACACUUUACAUUAUUAUGUUGGUGAAACCCAGCAGUUUGUGGAUGGGCUGAAUGUGUUUUUUGUUUAUUUUUGCACUUAGUUUGGAGAAUCUACAGAAGAACUAGUGAUAGAGGCCAAAUAAACACAUGUAACAUUAAAUGCAGAAGUCAUAUUUUUCACUUGUUAGAUGAAAGUUUCAAGCUCACACAUGAUGUGAUCUAGAUGUUUUAUUCUACGACUGCGUGGGUGUUUGUCAGACACCGUGUGUGUAGAUUUUACGUUUACUGUAGUCUCUCUGUAGUUCACAUCUUUAGGACUUUAAAAGUUCCACUUUUUGAAGCUUCAGAGGGACUUUAUUCGGUGGGUUGGAACGUUUCUACACGUGUUUUUGAGCGUAAGGAACACAGCAGUGUCUGACAUUGUAAAAUAGUUUGUUUUCAUGAUGUGCAGUGGCCAGUUCAGUAAUCAGUUUGCUGUUCAUCAGAUGAAAACCAUGGCAGCAAUAUUUUGUACAGUCUGUUGUCUGAUUUGAUCACGUAGCUGCUUUUUUUUAUUUAAUUUUUUUAUUUUAUUUUCUUUUGCCUCUUUGGAAAAUGUUACAUGUUGGUCGAUUGUUUAUAUUUCUGUUUUCACCUGUGUCGUAUUUAUAUUUCUCCCUUGUUGUUUUGCUGAGAAUAUGUACAUAAAUCUAUAAAUACAUAUAUAAAGAUAUACAAAUAUAUUUUCCAUUUGAAUUGGAGAAUAUUAUUUUUGUUUGGUUUUAUUUUUUGCAGCUGGGCGAGAAAUGAUUGCGUAAUGGCGAUCUACAUGAUUUAUCAUUUUUUGUGUGUCUAUUGAGAUGCAACUGCUGUAUAUUUUGUGGUGUACAAACCACGGCUGUUUUUUUUUUUGUAUGAUAUCCCAAAAACUGAAAGGCUUGUAGGUUUUACUUUACAUGCAAAUUAAUAGGGAUUCUUCCAACUGCUGUGCUGUGUUUGUGUUUUCAGAUCGCUGUGUGCCCUCAGCCAAGAGGGAGCCAGAAACAUAGCAUGAUUUCAAAAUGAAUAUGCAUAUCAGAAAAGUGUAUUUAUGUGCAUCUGUGUACAUUCAUCUAUUUAUACAUGGCAAUAAAUAGAUGGCUGUGUGUGUGUGUGUGUUUGGAUUCAGUCGGAAUAAAAACAAAAAAUAAAGCAGUUCUAUGAAUUGUU